AUGCAUAUAGGCCAUGGUCGUACUAAGAGAUUUGUAGAGCUUAACGAAAAAAUCAGAUCUAUCGGUGUGUGUUGUCCUGAUGAUCGUACUCCGGACGCUAUAGAUGCGGUGGCCGGAGAUUUACCAGCCACAGCACCUAGAGAAGAAAACGAAGUCUCUUUGAAGAUAGAUCGAGCUGAGAAUAGAGAGUAUUUUCAGGGUGUGGGUUUGAGCACUCGUGCGCAGGCUCGAGUGACGGGAGCCAGUCCUGCUAAUCCACGGGAAUGGCCUUGGAUGGCUUCCGUGACUCCCGAGGGAAGAGACCAGUGGUGUGGAGGCUCACUUAUAACAGAUCGACAUGUACUCAGUGCAGCUCAUUGCACUCAUGGGUACAUAUCUUGA